AAUCAUUCUGUAAUUUCACAUCAUAUGUGAUUUAAUCUCUGUAACUACCACUACAUGUAAAUAUGAAACUACACUGUAGACCCCUCCCUCGUAGACCAGGGACCGUUUGGAAGGAAGAGACUGACCUCAGAUCAGAAGAUGAGUGAUUUGGAGGAAGAGGAGGACGGAGCAGAGUCUGGAGGAUCAGACUGGUGGUCUAUGAAGAGUGACCGGUCGAUGCCAAAACAUCUAGACUUCAGUACUGGACCUGGACCCCCAGACACAAAACUGACUCCAGAUCAGAAGAUGAGAGAUUUGGAGGAAGAGGAGGACGGAGCAGAGUCUGGAGGAUCAGGCUGGUGGUCUAUGAAGAGUGACCGGUCGAUGCCAAAACAUCUAGACUUCAGUACUGGACCUGGACCCUCAGACACAGAAGAGAAGAGGAGAGAUGUUUCUGAGGAGGAGCUGUCCAGAACCAGAACCAGAGCUGGACUGCAGACAGCCAGUAAAACCAGCUCUGGAAAAAAGAUCGGUGGUCAGCAUGAACAUAAGAUCAGUUUGAAGAGGACAUAUGAACGUGUGACUGAAGGAGCUGAACAAACAGGAAGUGGAACCCUCCUCAGCAGGGUCUACACUGCGGUCUACAUCACAGACAGACUGAGAGAGGAGGUUAAUACCCAACAUGAGGUGAGGCAGCUGGAGACAUCUUCCAAGAUGGAGACCCUCCAUGACUCUCCAAUCAGGUGCAGCGACAUCUUUAAAGUCUCACCUGGCCAACAGAAACCCAUCAGAGUCGUUCUGAUGAUCGGCGUCGCUGGCGUUGGAAAAACCUUCUCAGUGCAGAAGUUCUGUCUGGACUGGGCCGAGGGGUUGGAGAACCAAGAUGUCGAUCUGGUGAUUCCUCUUUCCUUCAGGGAGCUGAACCUGAUCAAAGAUGAGCAGUACAGUCUUCUGGAGCUGCUCCGUGUUUUCCAUCCAACAUUACAGGAGGUCCCAGCAGACCAGCUCGCUGCCUCCAGACUUCUCUUCAUCUUUGACGGCCUGGAUGAAAGCAGACUAUCACUGGAUUUCAACAACAAUGAGGCUGUUCCUGAUGUCACACAGAAGUCCUCAGUCAACCUGCUGUUGACAAACCUCAUCCAGGGGAAGCUUCUGGCUGCAGUCUACCUGUUCCACUGUUACACCAACAGGAACACACAGGUACUCAAGGACUUCCUGGGACCAGACUUCAAGCACAGGGACUCAAACUCAAAAUCUUUAUUCAAGAAGAUUUUUAAGUCUUUUCAGAAAACAUCCCUAGAUGUCUUCCUGAAGAGAUCCAUGGAGAAAUCCCUAAGGAGUAAAAAUGGACACCUGGACCUGUUUGUCCGCUUCCUUCAUGGCCUCUCUCUGGAGUCCAACCAGAGACUCUUAAGAGGCCUGCUGGGUCAGACAGACAACAGUCCAGAAAUCAUCCAGAGAGCCAUCAACAACCUGAAGGAGAUGAAGAAGACAAAUACCUCUCCUGACCGAAGCAUCAACAUCUUCCACUGUCUGACGGAGAUAAAGGACCACUCAGUCCAUCAGGAGAUCCAAGAGUUCCUGAAGUCAGAGAAGAAAUCAAAGUACCUCUCUGUGAUCCACUGCUCAGCUCUGGCCUACAAGCUGCAGAUGUCAGAGGAGGUUCUGGAUGAGUUGGACCUGAAGAAGUACAACACAUCAUUGGAGGGAAAACUGAGACUGAUUCCAGCUGUGAGGAACUGCAGAAAGGCUCGAUUUUGGAGAUGCAGUUUGUCAGAGAUCAGUUGUGCUGCUCUGGUCUCAGCUCUGAAGUCCAACCCCUCCCAUCUGAGAGACCUGGACCUGAGCUACAACAAAGACCUGAAGGAUUCAGGAGUGGAGCAGCUGUGUGCUGGACUGGAGAGUCUAGACUGUAGACUGGAGACUCUGAGAUUGAUGGAGUGCAGUUUGUCAAAGAUCAGCUGUGCUGCUCUGGCCUCAGCUCUGAAGUCCAACCCCUCCCAUCUGAGAGAGCUGCACCUGAGCUACAACAAGCUGAAGGAUUCCGGAGUGGAGCAGCUGUGUGCUGGACUGGAGAGUCCAGACUGUAGACUGGAGACUCUGAGAUUAGAGAGAUGCAGUCUGUCAGAGAUCAGCUGUGCUGCUCUGGCCUCAGCUCUGAAGUCCAACCCCUCCCACCUGAGAGACCUGGAUCUGAGCUACAACAACCUGAAGGAUUUAGGAGUGAAGCAGCUGUGUGCUGGACUGGAGAGUCCAGACUGUAGACUGGAGACUCUGAGAUUGAGGAACUGCAGUUUGUCAGAGAUCAGCUGUGCUGCUCUGGUCUCAGCUCUGAAGUCCAACCCCUCCCAUCUGAGAGACCUGGACCUCAGCGGCAACAACCUGGAGGAUUCAGGAGUGGAGCAGCUGUGUGCUGGACUGGAGAGUCCAGACUGUAGACUGGAGACUCUGAGAUUGUGGUGCUGCGGUUUGUCAGAGAUCAGCUGUGCUGCUCUGGCCUCAGCUCUGAAGUCCAACCCCUCCCAUCUGAGAGAGCUGGACCUAAGGAACAACAACCUGAAGGAUUCAGACAUGAAGCAGCUGUGUGAUCUGAAGCAGAGUUCAGACUGUAGACUGGAGACUCUGUGAUGAUGGUCUCAGUCAAGGGAUCAGUAGGAGGAUGUGUUGCAGGAUCCGCUGAGUCCUGAUGAUCCAGAGAGGUUGAAGCAGCAGCAUCACCUCUAACUGGGCCGUGGUACUGGGAGGUAGAGCCGAGAGACUCUGGCCGCUUCACAAUCCCAACAAUGGAAAGACCAGACUAGUGGUUUUGGGGAGAACCUUCUUGUUAGUCUCUCUCCAUGAACCCUGUUGACAGUUUGAGACGAUGCCUUCUUGCUGGUAUUGUGUAAUAACCCAACGCAGAGGCCGCCUGCAGAGCUCCAAAAUAA